AUGCCUCAUUGUGUAGGGGAAAGUGAAACUAGUGGUGGAGAUGAAUGGAGUAGUGGAGAUGAGACUGAUUCCUCAACCACUGUAUCUUCCACUCAUCAGGAUCCCCACUGCGACUGCUGUUAUUGUCACAUGCUCCACCAUAAGCAGGGUGGCGGCCGGCAGAAAUAUAGUGACAGGAGAGAGAGAUUACUCAAAAUCUUAUCUCGUAAGAAAAAUGCUCGCAACAAUGCUGUGUGUCCUAACACCUCUUCAGCAAAUGCAGUUACAGCUGCCUCUGAUAGUACUGAAGUCCCUACAAGCACAGGAGGGACACCACUUGGAGGACAAAAUAUUGAUAAAAUUAUGGAUUAUAUUGAAGGCAAUCAAACCGAUGAAGCAAAACGAGCUAAGAAGGCAGCCAAAAAGGCUCGUCAGAGGCAAAAGAAGUUAGCAUUAAAAAAGGAGAAGAAAGAAGAGGAAAAAAUGAAACUGGAAGAUAAAAAAGGGGAAUGUGAAGAGGAGGAGGAGGAGGAGGAGGAGGUUGAAGAUGGACCUCUGGCCGAGCUAAGAAGACGAGCUCCAGAUGUGACCAUCACUGUUGUCCGACCAGGCCAGCAGACAUCACGCACGGCUUCAUCACCCCAAAUGGCAUUUCAGCGACCACGUGAUCCAUCCCCUCCUGCUAUGGAAGUCUAUAAACCUCCCCAAGCAAAACUUGUACCUUCACUAGCACAGUCAUCUGAAGAACUUUCAUCACAGUCUCAAUCAUCCUCAAGAACUAUUCUCCAUCCUUCCCGGCAUUCUACCCAAGGAAGGCAACCACAGUCUCAGCCUGGCAAGCAUUUUGCAGCGUCUGCCCCAAGCUUCAGUAAUCGUGAAUCUGCUGAGCGUACAAUGGCUAGUGGGGGUGAACAAGGAGGCCUUAGCAAUAUCUUGAAGGCAAUGGACACAUCUGGAAAAGAAAAGGACAAAGGGUCCCAAAUGGUGACCAUAAGAAGAGUAAUGGACCCUAAUAGUGCUGAGCCUACAGUUACCAUUACUCUGAAAGGAGAACAACCAGAAAAAGAUAAAGUGCUUUUUAAACUUAUUAAUGGUCAAG